ACUCGAAACUAACCUUGCAUUCGACUUCGAAGGUCGGCGCGCUUAUUGGUUGCAUCAGAAAUACAAAGAAUUAGUCAAUAUUAUCGCUGGAUAGUUUUAUUGUUACCAGAUAAUUUCUCCUUUGUUCUCUUGGAGAAUACUGUACUUACACAUCAGCAAAUUGCCUGACAACGACGUACCUCUUGAAAACUCAUCUUCCCUACGACUAAAAUAUAGACAGAAAGUUUUGUAAUGAGACACCACCUUCAGUGUUUAUGGAACAAAGUUGAAAACGCUCCUGUCAUUGUUAAUACAGAUGUUGUACGGACAGUAUAUAGAUUUAAUCAACCUGCAUGUUCUUUUGGAAAUUGCCAAACGACAUGUAAAUACUUAUCUUCUUGCCUAAAUGGCUUACUCAAAAUAAAUGUACUGAACGAAGAAACAUAUGACAAAACUGAACCAGAGUCUCCUGUUGAAAAGUUACUGACGCAUAGCCGUAAUGGUUUGAAGAAUUAUGGGAGUACGUGUUACUUAAAUGCAUUUUUGCAGCUUUAUUUUCGGUUCAAGGAACUUCGAAAAGCAAUAUAUGAUAUCCCAUCACAAGCUGAUGAAACCGGUAUAAUACACCAGCUACAAUUAAUCUUCAGUCAACUUCAGUUAAACAAUUCAGGUAUUGUUGAUCCAGGAGGUUUGAUUGAAGCAUUGCGGUUAUGUGAUACAGAGCAACAAGAUGCUCCUGAGUUCCAUUGUUUAUUUAUGAAUUUAUUGGAAGCACGUUUCCAGCAAGUUGGUGUAUUUGUUAUUGACGACUUGAUUAGAGGAGAAUAUAUUUAUGAAAAUAGCUGUCUGAAAUGCGGUUUCACAUCUCGGUUACCCUCAAAGUUUUUAGAACUAUCAUUGAAAGUUUCUUCAAAGUCACUUCCAGAUUGUAUACGGGAUUAUUUAAAGGAAGAACAAUUAGUUGGCGAUAAUCAGUAUGCUUGUUCACAGUGUGGUUGUAAACGAGAUGGUGUUAGAAGAGCCUAUAUAACACGUGCUCCACCAUUGUUAUGCAUUCAGUUGCUUAGAUUCACCUACGAUUCAAACACUGGUCAACGUAAAAAGUAUAAAGCUUCUAUUCGUCUACCUGAUCUUCUUGAGUUGACAAAAGUUGUUGAAAAUUCAAAAAGUAAUAAACAUCUGAAUUGUGAACAUUCUGUGGAAUGUUUGAGUGUAGAUUCAGAUCCAUGUCAUCGCGCAUAUCGUCUCUGUGGUGUACUUUUACAUAUUGGCAACCAACCAACAUCAGGACAUUAUAUAGCUGUUCUUAGAGAUUCUUACAAAAGAAUCAAUUUAUCUGGUGAUAAAAACACAGAAUCAAGUACUGAAGAUGAUCCUCCUUUAAAAUCAAAUGAAUGUUGGAGUGUUUGCAAUGAUAUAGAUGUCUUCAACGUACCGUCAAGUCAAUUUAAAUUAGCAAAAAUUAACGGAUCAGCUAAAUCAUUGCAAAGCUAUCUAGCCACUACUGAAACAUUGGAUUCAUCAAUAAACCUUACUAAAUCUGAUCAAUCUUCUGAAAAGUGUUCUAGUCGUAGAGCAGCCAAAAAACCUCGUCAUGAUACUUCCUCAAAUGAUCUUAGUUUCACUGACCUUAAUGAAAGUAGAGAUUCUACAACUUCUAAGUGUAUGUCACAGGACGAUUUAUGGCAUAGUUCAACUAAUGCGUAUAUGGUAUUUUAUGAAUCGGUGGAUAAUUGUAAUAUGGAUGAAGAUAUUACAGUUCCUAGUGACUUACGCAAAACAAUUGAAGAAGUAAAUUUGACAGAACAACAAAAGCUUCUAUCUAAACAACAAAAUAAAGUAAAUCGUAAAAAUCAAUUACUUGAAAUAUUGUCCAACCUGAGAUUACCUGAUCCUAUCAAUUCAUCACCAAAUAAUAGUACUUCAAUAUCAAUAAAUCCUCUCGAUAAUGUAUCUUUGGUAUCAACAUCUUGGUUAUGUGAUUGCCUUAAUAAUCCGUUGUUAUUGGGAGAUGCCUGUUUAACUGAUGCUCAGAUAAAAUCGCUUUCAAAACUCAAAGACUACAUAUUUCCCUCUUCUUCAUCAAAUCAAUCAUCUUAUACCUUACGUACCUGUUCACAUGGCCAUGCUCCCACAGAUCUUGUUGCAGGUUCAUACAGAGCUGUUUCUAGUGAAGGUCUUAAAAAGCUUAUUGAGAUUCUCUUCCCAAAAUCAUUUGAUGCCAUUCAAUCUGAAGAUGAUAGGUUUAGUCGAUUUCAACCAUGUCGAAAGUGUAUUACACUAAAUAUCGCAUUAUUAAAAGUUGAAAAUGCAAUUAAAGAAUUAUCUAAAGAAUUGGACUAUUUUAUAAAAACUAAUCAUUUGUCUUCCUCAUAUUAUAAACGUCUUCAAAGUGAAAAGACAGACUCAAUUCCUUUGAAUCCUGAACCUGGAUAUUAUUUAAUUGGUAAGAGAUCUCUUCGUCAAUGGAAAACACUUGCACGUCAUUUCACACGAGCUUUUUACUCUGAUUAUGAUGAUGAUUCUAAGUCACGAACAACUGGCCAUCAUACACAAACAACAUUUAAUCAUGAUAUUCUUUGUCCUCACGGUCAAAUUUGUACAGAAAAUACACGUCAUUUACCAGCCGUACUUUGGCAUAAAUUAGUCGAUUUAUUUCCUGGUGUAAAGAUUCCUACAUUUCCUAUUUAUAUUCCUUAUGACAAUAACAAUAAUACAUCUAUCAAUUCCAUUAGUAUAUUCAAUAAAUCAGAGUCAUCUUGUUCUGAAUGUAACGCAGUACAAAAUGACCUGACAAAACGAGCAUUAUGUGAACGUCAAAUGCUUCCUGGUUUAUUCUUAUCAAAUGUUCAACGUAUGCGACUUUUACACUCUGCCACUCAAACAGUAAAUACAGCUGUAAAUAUAAAAGAAGAAACUUUAAGCGAAUGCAAAUUUAACUUUGAAUGGGUCAAUAAUUCUAAGUCAGAAAAUUUAAACGGUCAUUUUACAGAUACCGAUAAGAAAUUAAAUAAUUUAAAUACCAAUGCUCUUUACUUGAUUCCAAUGGGUUUCAUUAUACAAUGGAGAAAAUUUAUUCGAAAUCCAACAGCAGAUAAUUUACCUAGUUCGCUAUUAUCUGGCUUUAGCUCAGAUGGCGUGCUUUGUGAACAUGGUCAAAUGCUAAAAACAUGGCAAGCUCUUAUAAAUGAGUCAAUAUUGUGUCCCUUAACUUUUUAUGAAUGGGAUGUUUUGUCUCACGCAUAUCCCCAUCGUUUUAAAGAAAACGAAAUACCUUUGGAUCAUGAUGGACCGGAAACAAAAAUAACUUUCUAUCCACCGAUGUAUUUACUUCCACAGAAUGAUUCUGAACUGAAGUGGAGAUUGGAACCAUCAUCCUAUGGCAGUUUAUGCCCAAAUUGUCAAUCUAAGAUAAUCAGUGAUCAGAUUUUUAAUAAUGCUAGAAUCCGUAUACGUCUGGUAUCUGGAUUCGAUGAAGCAUUGAGUAGUUGCGUCCAGUCAAAACUCACCUCUGUUCAGGAAUCCUUGAAUUGUGUGCUACAGGAUUUGCAAACUGACACGGGAAUUUGUGCUCAACCAACAAAUGACAUCAUAAUUCCGAACAAUUCUGAUCAGGUUGGUGCAACACAGACACGGGUUUUGACAGUCGAUCCAAAAUUAGUAUUUGCACCGUAUGUCAGACUUUCAAGCACAAUACUCGAAUGCUUUAUGGAAAUGGAUAAUUUGAGAGAAAUAAAAGAUUAUUUCAAUAAACGAUGUAAUAAUAUAGAAUUAUCCAAUUCUGUUAGCAAAGAUAUCACUCCACGUCUUUCAUCAGAUAAUGAAACUAGUCUAAUAGACCAAUUACCUCUAUCAUCUAAUCAUCAUCAGCAUCAACAUGUGCUCUAUGAUAAUACAAAUAGUCAAUUAUCUAAUCAUCAUUUAGAAUCUUCAUCUACAAAUUAUAUUAGACGCUCUUCACGUCAACGUUUUAAUCCUAAAGAUUUAUUGAUCAAAGUGAAUAGUAGUGAUACUCUUCUUGAUGUGAAAGUACAAAUUAUGCAAAAUUUAGGUGUUAUCCCUUCCGAUCAACAUAUUAUGUCAAAUGGUCUAGAACUUACUGACCAUACGAAAACAUUACAAGAGUUAAGCAUUUGUUCCAGGACUAUUCUCUAUUUAUGGUCAGAUGAUCCAACAUGGAAUCCUAAUCGAACAAGUUUUGAUAAUGGUACAUUCAAGUUAACGACACAAAAGUUGAAAUCAAAUAGUCCAUGUAAAUCAAACUCUGAAUCAAUUCAUACAGAAUCAGGAUUCAAGGGAACACGACUGCUUGAAUUUUAACCGGAUAGUUUUUUAUUGCUUCAGUCUUUUCUCUACUCUAAUUAACCACUUUUCCUGUUGUCCUGCUUUUUUUAUCUUCCAAACUCGAUGAUUAUAUAUAUACAUGUAUUUCUUGUUUGCUACUAAUAUUUUAUGUCCCGAAUGAUAAAGAUGCAUGACUUAAACAAUUUUGUAGAUCUAUGACCUAAUUAUAAUAACUUAUGACUGAUCAAGUAUUUUUGCAUGUUUACUUUUAUUUUCAAAAUUGUUAGUUAACAAAGAUUUGAAUCUGUAAACUUAUAUUUGUAUAUAUUCAUUGUAUACUUUGAAUCGUACAAUUUAACUCUGGUUUCGAUUAGACGAAAAAGCAUAAUUAUGUUCAAUUAAUUCAUUAGUUAUGAUUAGUUAGUCAGAUAAACAGUGGAAUCAAGACUUUUAGUUGUUUGAAUUUCUUGAGUACACUUCAUUAUGUACUUAGUUACUUAUACAUGUUACCCCUUGUGGGGGGGCAUAGGCCGACCACCAGCAUACUCUGUCUUUGGCAGUUGUUUUCAGUUGCUAUACGUUCUUAUUAUGUCUGAUUCAUUCCGUAACACAGUGUUCUUUGGUCUUUCAGUCUUCCGUUUCCCUUCAAGAUUCCAAGUUAGCGCUUACCUCGUGAUGCAGUUUGAUUAUUUCCUCGAUGUAUGUUCUACCCACCUCCAGCGUCAUUUCCUAGUUUACGCUUUAACUGGAAACUGGUUGUCCUCUCC